UGGAUUGUCAAGAUCAAAUGGGGUGCUUAAUGCAGGCUAUAUCGGUUUCCAGACCAUUCAUAGAGCUUAUGAUGAUGUAUUUCUUCAAAAGAGUGCAUAUUUGGCAAUUAAGUUUCUGUGAUGGAAAUAAUCCGGAUAAAGUAAGGCCUUGGUGUAAAGCAAGGAUUCCUUUGGUGUACAAUUUUAUUCAAAGUCAUUACUGGGGGGUUGGUUUUCUAAAAUAUUUUCAGCUAAAACAGUUCCCAAAUUUCCUUCUUGCAUCACCAAUCCUCUCGAUUGCAGUCUACUCAAUUAUCCAUUAUGUGAAGCUACAGCCUGAGGUCUUCUUUUCACUUGGUUUCCAAGUUGCUCCAAAAAGUUAUGGAGUAGAUAUAAACAACACUCACACAUCAACAGUAAUUCAAGAAUCAGAAGAAGAUCAGACUCUGAAAAGGAGAAAACAUAGCACGGAAGAAGAAGAGGGUCCCACUCCCACUCCCACUGUGCUUUCAAAGAAGGAUGAAAAAUUAGGAAAAUUUUCAAUCAUCAUCAUACCAUUCAUCUUACACUUGGGGUUCAUGGUGGCUACAGCGUUUUUUGUCAUGCAUGUUCAGGUUGCUACAAGGUUUUUGUCUGCAAGCCCUCCAGUGUAUUGGUUUGGGGCGUAUGUUUUGGCAUCUCAUGGGAAGGGUUGGGGAUACUUGAUAUGGGGAUACUGUGUAGCCUACAUCCUCAUUGGAAGUCUUCUCUUUUCAAAUUUUUACCCUUUCACUUAAAACCCUUUUUCAAGUUUGAAGAAGCUAAGAGAAGAUUUAGAAACCCGUUUUUGGUUCUUAAAAGACGAUGUAUAUGUACAUGAUGAUGAUUAGUUUGUUACAUACAAGUAGAUGGUUAUAGU